AUGAAGAACACCAACGUCCCAGUCCUCAAAAAAAUCCCGAAAAACGCAUUUGAAGAGCUGAAAUCUGCCAAUGACUGGGAUCCGGAGAGGGUGAAACACGAAUGGAAGCUGGAAUACCAGCGACAAGUUUACAAAAAAGAUGCAAAAGCGAAGGCUAAACUGAAGCCUGCAACCCGACCCGUAUUCCGAGGUCGAGGAGCACAACGCCAAGAAAUGCUGCUGCCAUAUUACGAGAAAGCCCGACGAAUGAGUUCAUUGACGACGCAGGAUAGGAGAGCCUUGGAAGCGCAAACCGGAUUAAAAUGGGAGCAGAACCGUCGAUUGACUUCAAAUGGCACCAUCCGCCGGACUACGAUCGUCGAAGUCACCUCCUUAUUGAGCCUUAAGAACGUCGAAUCCAAUUCUAGGGCAAAUCUAUGCCAACGCCAGCCCGAAAACCCGAGCAGAAAUCCGGGAGGCGAUGAACAAGAAAUC